CAUGGCGGCCCCCGGACGACAACCCAUCCUGUCUUCCACUCCACUGCAGAUCCUGUUGUAUUUGAAUAGCUGGUAUUUUGCUGCAUUCUUCGUCGCAGAGAUACUCAUGUUUGUAUACAAAGGGGUGUUACUCCCGUACCCUCAAGCAAAUCUGAUAUUGGAUAUUGUUCUGCUGAUCCUCUUCUUGGGCCUUGAAACCCUCAGACUCUUCUAUGGCUAUAAAGGAAACCUGUGUCAGCACUCUCUGGCACUGUGUGUCAGUGUUGGAAUUCUGGUGCCCUGUGCAGUGCUGAGUGUCUACUAUCUGCUACUCCAGACGUUUGUUUUGCGGCUUGAGUUUAUACUCAAUGCUGUGUUGCUCAGCUUUUACAGCCUAGAGCUGGUUCUGGGGCUGAUGACUGUCUCUGUUUUUUCAAGGGCCAGCAUUUAUUGAGUCCAUCUGUGAAGCUAUGACAAGCUUUCCUUGAUGUCAAGAUAAAAACACCACAAACAAGAUUUGCUUCUUUUUAUAAUACACAAUGUACAGUGUUUAUUGUUGUUAAUAAUUUUUUCUUUAAAUAAACUUUUCAUAUGUAUUUCUUAAAUAUGUAAAACAGUUGUUUUAUGUAGUUCUUAAAAUGUGAUGAAAGCUAAAUUCAUUUAGCACUGAGUUUUAAAUGUGUUAAAGGUAUAGUUCACCCAAAAAAUGAUCAAAAAACAGAAAAAAAUUGUCAUCACUUACACUCAUGUCGUGUCAAACCUGUAUGACUUUCUUCUGUGGAACACAAAAGAUGUAAUGCAGAAUGUUAGGGACUGACAGCCUCAGUGUCACCAUUCACUUUCAAUGAAAGCACUGGGGAAUUGAAUAUCCUGCCUAACACCUUUUGCAUUCCACGGAAGAAAGUAAGUCAG